UUGUUGAAAAAAUACGUCUUUGUAUUUCAGUGAAGUUCUGUUUGAUUCCAGGUGAGUCAGAAGGAACUGAAGGAAGCACUGAGGAGGCAGUGGUCCCAGCUGUCUGACAAACGAAGACUCAAAUGGAUCAGCAAGGCUCUGGAGCUACAGAAAGACUAUGAGGACAGCAUGAGGGCAUACCAUGAGGCCCAUCCAGACGUCAACUCUGAUGAACAUGUUCGCUCUGUCCUCACAAAGGCUGAGAGACAGCUGAAGGACAAGUUUGACGGACGACCAACAAAACCACCCCCUAACGGCUACUCUCUCUACUGCGCGGAGCUGAUGGUCAACAUGAAGGACGUUCCGAGCACAGAGCGGAUGGUGCUGUGCAGUAAACAGUGGAAAAUGAUGACACAGAAGGAGAAGGACCUGUUCCAAAAACGCUGUGAGCAGAAAAAGAAGCAGUACGACAUUGACCUACAGAGGUUUCUAGAGAGUCUUCCUGAGGAAGAGAGAGAUCGUGUCAUGAUGGAGGAGAAAUUGGGUGGGGCCAAGGUUGGAGUGGGCGGAGCAUCCAGCCCAAACAGAUCCAAGUCUCCAUCUGUAAAGGAGCACAGUCGAGAGGAAGAACCGGAGUCAUGGGUGAACACUGGUCCCCAAAAGGAGAGGCGUGAUGGAAAGAAGAUUGCAAAGCUUCCAGAAACGCCAAAGACAGCAGAGGAGAUGUGGCAGCACAGUGUGAUUGGAGACUAUCUGGCUAAAUUCAGGGUGAGCAACAGCUUUAUCUCUACUUCAUCCUGAUUGUCUUUGUACAGA